UACAGAUGGCACUAAAAUCACAAAAAGUGGUUGCUGAAAUUCAUCUGAUCAAUUCUAACCUAAUUUCCUAACCUAACAAGCAUUGUACAACGAUUUGUACACAUAAUGUGUACACUUUUUAACGCAGGCAGGCAUCAAUGUGUUUACAACAAAAAAAUUUCACUAAUUUCUAUUGCAAUAAAUACGUCAGAUUGUAUUGAUUACCAUUGAUUUAUAAACUUGUGUGUUUUGCAUAAGUUUAAUUGAUCGAUUUCGUUUUCUCAUGCAACGUAAAGCAUGUUGGAAAUCUGACGAAUGUAUAUAAUUAUGCAAUGAAUACUGCAAGAGGAAUGAAGCUAAUCUUUGGUAGAAUAAAUCACUUAAAGGAGCAGUUAUUCUCUCCUAAAAAUUUAUUGUACACAAAUAUAGGGAUAUCAAUUUCUCUUUCUGGCAUAGGAGAUGUUUUGGAGCAGCAGUAUGAAAUAUUAAAGGGCGAAUGGGAUAAAUGGUGUUUUAUCAGAACUAGAAAUAUGUCUAUAUCCGGCAUGUCUAUUGGGAUAGUUUGUCAUUACUGGUAUAAUUUCUUAGAUACUAGAAUAGUUGGGCGCACUAUCGGUAUAGUUUUAAAAAAGGUGAUUAUUGAUCAGCUGAUUUGCUCGCCUCUUUGUAUUAGUACAUUCUUUUUGACACUGGCUUUAUUGGAGAAUAACAGUUUGGCAGAGUUUAAGAAUGAAAUUAGAAAAAAGGCAUACAAACUGUACGUAGCCGAAUGGGUCAUUUGGCCUCCAGCGCAAGUUAUCAACUUUUAUUUCCUUCCUACACGAUAUAGAGUGUUUUACGACAGUAUGAUAUCUCUCGGUUAUGAUGUAUAUACCAGCCACGUGAAAUAUGAUGUAGAAAUUUGUAAUAGAUGAUGGUAUUUUAAUUAGUAAAAUAUUUUGCAAAAAUACAAUUUAAGAAACAAAAUAAAUAGAACUUGCCAAAA